AACGCUGCACUAGUUAGCUCGCUGGAGAGAGAGAACACGAACACACAAAAGGAAAUAGUAGUUUUCCGUACGAAUCGAGCCCAGCCCAGAAAAGCAAAAAAGGCAACUGACUCGCCAGCGUUUGCAAUUUAAAAAAAACUUGAGUCAACCACUUCCCUCUGCACAACAUGCAAACCAUCAAGUGCGUGGUCGUCGGCGACGGAGCCGUGGGCAAAACCUGCCUGCUAAUUUCGUACACAACCAACAAGUUCCCCUCGGAAUAUGUGCCCACGGUUUUCGAUAACUACGCGGUGACCGUGAUGAUCGGUGGUGAGCCAUACACACUGGGCCUGUUCGAUACGGCCGGCCAGGAGGAUUACGAUCGACUGCGCCCGCUUUCGUACCCGCAGACAGACGUCUUCCUUGUCUGCUUCUCGGUGGUCAGUCCGAGUUCCUUUGAGAAUGUAAAGGAGAAGUGGGUGCCCGAGAUCACACACCAUUGCCAAAAGACACCGUUCCUGCUGGUGGGCACACAGAUCGAUUUGCGUGACGAAACCAGCACGCUGGAGAAGCUGGCCAAGAAUAAGCAGAAGCCCAUUACCAUGGAGCAGGGCGAGAAGCUGGCCAAGGAGCUGAAGGCCGUCAAGUAUGUCGAGUGCUCGGCCUUGACACAGAAGGGCCUGAAAAAUGUAUUCGAUGAGGCCAUUCUGGCCGCCUUGGAGCCACCAGAGCCGACAAAGAAAAGGAAGUGCAAAUUCUUAUAAUUCUUUAGCCCUUCCCUUCACAACACCCUUGUCCCCCUUACAUGAUGUGUAUCCUCCCUUUCACUUUUGGCUUUCUACAACUAUCGCAAUGAGACUCCUUCCCAGCCUCCUUCUUCGUCCGUCGGGGAAGCGUUCAAUAUAUAUACCCAUAUAUAUGUAUAUGUUUUGAUUAUGUUAUUCCGCAAUCGUUUCCGCCGGAGCCGCCCAGUCCAGCCCAGUCUCUCUUUAUCUCUCUGCCGCUGUGCGUGUGUAUUCCGUGUCUAUGUCAGUAGAGUCUGUGCUCCUCCUACCCGGGAGUUGUAAAAUAACCCCGGAUUAUAGUCGGAUUUUAUGAUUUACCCACUGUCCCAGCCGACUGGGCAGUUGCUUUUUAACUCGGGACAGUCUUCCGCCACAAAAAAAAAAAAACAAUAUAUAAGAAAAACCUCUUCUAUCCCAAGCCCAGCCAAUUCAAAAGCCCGCCCAGCAGGUGAAAUCAAAACAAGACCUUCAUUUCUGCUCGCAUUCUUGUUUCUGGCGCAAUUUUCUUAUUAAGUAAAGAGAGAAAAACACAAUAUCAAUAUAGCGAAAACAAAUUAUUUAUAUAUAUUUCUUUAUAUAUAUACAAGGAUUAAGAGAAAACAACAAAUAUAAAUUUAUUAUAAAUCAAACAAUCCAGAACAAAACAACAAAAACAAAACAAAAAAGUAAGGAAAAGAAAGGGAGAAGCGAAAAGAACCAUGCAAUUUUUUUGUUUUGCAUCAGUCGAUAAAAAAAAAAAAACACUUGUAAUCCAAGUCGAUAGUCCCAAGAGCAACGUGAAAAAUAUGAAAUGUGAAGAUUAUAUAAAAUAUUUAUGAUAACUGAUGGCGUAAUGUUCAAACAACGGAGGUAGGAAGGAAUUCGCUAUGAAAGUGAAGCUUAUUAUGUAAUAAAACUAAGAGUAUGAGUAUUGAAAUAUGAUUAAAAAUAAAUUAAAAGAAAAAGAAAUAUAAACAAAAGCAAAACUAGGCGUUGCACCACAAAACACACAUCUGAAAUCUACAAUCUUUAUAAAUAUAUAUAUAUAUAUAUUUAAAUAUGUAUAACCCAUUAAAGUAUAACAAUAAAACAAAACGGCAACAGCAAGAAAGAAAUUUGUAUUGUAGUUCAGCGAGAAACAACAAAGAUGAAAAGAAAAUACGAACUAAUGCAUUUUUUAAUAUUUUUAUAUGUAUACAUUAUCAAUUUUUACAUUUUUUUCUAGACCUUAGAGAUUUAACAUAAUUGAUUUCAGAUAAUAUCUUAUAAUAAAACGAAAUCCAAAACGAA